GUUUUGAAUCGCAGGUGACAUUGAACGUGAACUCAGUCUCCCUGUGACUCCAAUGUUUGACCGGACUAGAACCUCAGUAGCUAGAAUACAGGCUGUUUCAGAUUUCUUCCGCUAUGUGGUGUCUCCUCUGUUUGAAAUCUGGGACCAGUUUAUGGACACCUCUCUCUCAAAGAACUUGAUGGAGAAUCUGAGACACAAUCAAGCCGUGUGGAAUGAGGAGCUUGAGAAGGAGUUGGCUGAUAAAGAAGAAACGAGUACAACAAUUGGUUUAGCUGCAGUGGCCAUGGAAGAGUGUGCUCCACUAGCAUCUGAUGAAGAAGAUCCAAUAGACGAACACGGAAGUUUAUUUAGAGAAUGUUUUUUCUUGGGAGAGGCUUUAGGGACUUUCCAGAGACGUCGCUACAGCAUGCCUGUAAAAACAUUCUCCGUUCUUCCACGUGAUAACAGCCGCCAAAACAGCGUUUCCCAGGUUUUCCAGUAUCGGAGGAUGAGUAGUAUAGGAUUGUCAUCUUCUACGUCAUUCCGAGUUCCUAGCCCUAAAGUGUACAUACCUUGUGAAGAAGUCACGGCAUCCAGGCUCCUUCAACCCAGAACAAGCAUUGUUUCGCUCUCAGCUGAUUCUGUUUCACUAUUGUUAGAAAGGCUUCAGACUUUCGCAGAAGUAGAAAAAGGACAACCGCCUCCUUCUCGUACGAGAAAGGCUGAGGAAGUUGGUAAACCAGAAACUACAAACAGAACUCUUUGGGAGGUUUUGCCCACUCCGAUGUACGCUCACGGGGCAAGAACCUCACCAACCGAAACUAAAGGUAGUUCGUCAAAAACCGAUGACUCCGUUAAGAUGCACGUUGACGUAGGAGGAACAUCAGAUGAUCCAGUUGUUGAAUGCAACAACGGUUGCUGUGCACAAUCCUCGUCUCCUAAAUGCUUUCAAGUCGAUACAAAAAAUGCUCAAAAAACUGAAUCUCCUAGACAAUCAAUUUCUAGUUCAAUUCCGGGAGAACAGGGUACUUCCCAAAGAACUUCUGCACCUCAACAAUCAGAAAGUAGUGUUAGUCUACGUGUACAGCUUAUUGGACAGUAUACAGAGCGUGAGGACGAUUCAUUCGGUGCUUCUUCAAUAGUAGAACAAAAGGACGAGAGAUGUUAUGUUAAGUUUUUGUUGGGGGGAGAUAAAGAAUCCAGCAAACAAAGAUCGUGGUCUUCCCACGUCACUCGGAGUUUGUCAGAAGAACACCCACAACCCCCGAGUAAGGAUUUUGAUUCUCCGGCGCCAUCUUUAAAGGGUUCCACAAGCAGUUUAACUUCAAUUAAUUCAAGACUUACUUGUCGGAGAGGUUCGGCCCCCAUGGUUAUCACAAGCAGCACCCUUUCUGGUCUUCGGGAUCUGAGUGGAGCUUCUGAUUUAACUGAACAUCCACGUGUUUCAGCUUUUGGACGCCGAUGGUCCAUUCCAGCUGAACCUGUGAAUGGUUUGCUUGGCCAUUCUGAGUCUCAAAACUUGAAAAACAAACAAGACAGGAGUUCUCAUUAUAGGACUUCACGGAAAGAACUGGUUCGACGUCAUAGUUUUGGGCUGCUCGAGACCUUACUCGUUGUACCAGCAUCGGAAUCGGAUAACGAAGGCCUUAGCACUGGACCAACGAACACGGGAACCACCUGCAUGGCCAGAGGAAAUAGUUCUGGUCGACCAGGAACAGUUCAUCGUAAUUUCAGCAACAGGGGUACCUUUGAUAUAGAUAGUUAUGAACCAGAAGGCAGCUACAACUCGGAAAGUCAAGCAAUAUUCCUUCCAUGCAUUUCACCUUCUACUAAACAGCUAGCAAGAAGACGAGGCUCCCUACCGGCAGACGUGCCCCUCUCCCUCAUGUGCCGAGUGCAGCCCGUCGGAACUCCCUCCCACCCAUCACCUGUUUAUGGAGUAGAAUCUCUUCAAAAACCAGACGGUGAUCUUCCAGCUGCAAACCCAAUUUCUCGAAGAAAUUCCAUGGGAGAAAUUUUGCAAGUGCUUUUGGGUCCGGCGGGUAGUCGCUUCGCCCUCCAAGGUCUAAGUGGAGAAUCCAGCACCGCAGCACAAGACACGGUGGUUAUCGCAGGUCGUGCAGGAAAACAAGGCCUUCCUCGUCGAGGUUCAGGGGGUUUAGAGCUGUUCUCCGGAUUUUGGCGCACCAAAUCUCUAGAGAAGUCCCCCGAACCUCACGCUACCAAGCAGCGGAUGAAACUUCCCCGACAGUCCUGCUCCCUAGACUCUGCAGGUUACCCCGAGUGGCUUCUCCAACCGGGAAGCCACGCUUGGUGCAGGAACAGCAAUCUCACAGUUACCACCACCGGGUUCGUUCGACCCUCAGUGGUACGAAGACGAGGAUCUGUACCUGUAAACGUCCCCCUCCUCUCAGUGAAUUCAGGUGACUCUCCAUGAGGGGACGAGAAGGGUGUUUCUGUAUACUACGCUGCGUUGUUGUGCUCAAAGUGUACUUUUACAGACUCAAACCCCAUAAUUUUGCAAGGUGUAGACAAAAACAAAGAAACUAUGCAACAAGCCCGCAGUGUUGAAGGAUCUCUCUGACGUGUUUCUUAGAAUCUCACAAGGACAGAUUUUACGAUGCUCACAGUAAACAGAAUGUUGUUGAUCGUCAUAUCAUGGGUAUACUUGUCUGGAUGCGUGCGUGCGUGCGUGUGUGUGAGAGAGAGAGAGAGAAAAGAAUGAAAGUCAAAGCAUUUGAUGAUUUUAUUAAUUACUUAUGAUGUGUUCGGAGGUGCUACAAAUUAGAAACAGUAAAGUAUUAUUUGAACCGAUGUUAGUUGUUGUUGAAAAUCUUUGAUUUAUUGUUCAAGUCCGUGGUAACGUGUUCAGUAUUAACGUAUCCAACUGUAAGAUUCGGAUAGGUGGCCACUUUAUCUUACGUUUCGUUUGGUGUGGUUUUUGGAUCGGAAAGGAACACACGGGAGAAUGAGAUACAGCUCAAAUUUUAUUUUAUAUUGUCGCUAUCGGCGUAAUAUGUAAUUUGGUAUUACACUGUCUGUACCAUAGGUAAAGUAUACCGUUGUAUAUCUAGCGAAUGAAACGUUUACUAUCGUAUUUGUGCCGUUUUGAAUUGGUUCUGUCGUAUGUUUACUGUACUAUCGUAUUUGUACGGCAUGGGAAGAGUAUGCUGUACUUUGUAUAUACUAGAGAAAGGAUGUUUUUGUAUUUCUAUCCCGACGUAUUUCAAAUCUUUUUCGUAUAAAAUAUAAACAAGUUGGUAAAUACUUUACACAUAGAAUUUAACAGUAUACCUUAUUUUAGGUUUCGUAUCAGAGAAAGACGUUAAACCUGUCGUAUAAUAUUUGUAUUUCUAAGUAUCAAUUCUGUACAUAAAGCUUAAUAAGAUCUAAUGAUCCAAUGAUCGUCGUGUUUACUUCUAUCCAUAAACUGAUGAUCCAAUGAUCGUCGUGUUUACUUAUAUCCAUAAACUGAUGAUCCAAUGAUCGCCGUGUUUACUUCUGGCCAUAAACUGAUGAUCCAAUGAUCGUCGUGUUUACUUCUAUCCAUAAACUGAUGAUCCAAUGAUCGUCGUGUUUACUUCUAUCCAUAAACUGAUGAUCCAAUGAUCGUCGUGUUUACUUCUGGCCAUAAACUAGUGCUCCAUAAGCCGUUGUAAACUAAUUAUUCAGUGUUCUUUGUGUUUCUUCCUUUCACAUAGUAAUGAUCUUUUGGUUUUAUGUGGCCUUUCUAUUAACAGUUUGAUAAACUGCAGGUCUUUGAAUGUGAUUCUGUCCCUACAUCCGUAUUGUUGUAUGUUUUUCUGUCUAUACAACCGUAUUGUACAGAAGCUAAGACAGAACUAUUCCUUGAAGGUUCUUAUUACCUAAAAUGUGUACAAACACCAAAAACAGGUUACAUUAUAACAUAUUAGCUACAACUCUCACCACCUGGUGACCACAUUUGGUACUACACAGCUUUACUUAGCCAAAACUCCCAGCGUCUGGUGAUCACAUUUUGUACUGAAUAGAAAUACUUAGCCACAACACUUACCACCUAGUGACCACAUUUUGUACUACACAGCCUUACAUAGCCACAACUUCCAGCAUCUGGUAACUACAUUUUGUACUACACAGUUUUACUUAGCCACAACUCCCAGCGUCUGGUGACCACAUUUGGUACUACACAGCUUUACUUAGCUACAACUCUCACCACCUGGUGACCACAUUUGGUACUACACAGCUUUACUUAGCCACAACUCCCAGCGUCUGGUGAUCACAUUUUGUACUACACAGUUUUACUUAGCCACGACUCCCAGCAUCUGGUAACUACAUUUUGUACUACACAGUUUUACUUAGCCACGACUCCCAGCGUCUGGUGACCACAUUUUGUACUACACAGUUUUACUUAGCCACGACUCCC